UGGCUUUUGUAGCAUGUCAUGUCAGACGUGGAGUGGCAAUUUCACUGAAUAUAAACUGCGAGGCCGACGUCUUAGCUUUGCUCAGAUAUUCUUUUCAUGAUGUUACGAACAGUUCAUCUUAACACUCUCAACGCGAAUAUUACGUGUUCAAUAUGCGGUGGAUAUUUUGUCGAGGCAACGACCAUUAUGGAAUGCCUGCAUUCUUUUUGCAAGAGUUGUAUCGUGAGGUAUCUGGAGACUUCAUGCAACUGUCCAGUUUGUCAAACAGAAAUUCAUAAAACGCGACCUCUUCUUCACGUUAGACCUGAUCCUGUUCUUCAAGAUCUAGUGUAUAAACUGGUACCAUCUUUAUAUGAUGAUUACCAUAAAGCGAAGCAAGAAUUCAAGAAACUUAUGUCAACGGAGGAGCCAGCACAAGAAGAAACACAUGAUGCGGAUGGUGUUGUUAAUGUUCCCCAUCUCCCGGAUCCAAUUUAUGUAACAUUGGAACAACGACAGAGAAAUAAAAACAAAAAUGAACAAAUUAAGAUGUUUCCAAUUCGUUACCUUCGCUGUCCCUCCUCUAUGCCAGUGAGGAUAUUGAAGAAGUUUUUAAGAAUUAAAUUUUUUGUCAAGGAUUCUCAGGAGGUUGAAAUUUCACGCAGCGACGAAGUGCUUUUUGAUCAUUUAACGUUAAAAGAGGUGGCUAGGAUAUAUGGUAGAUAUGGAAAGCUUGCUCCGUUGGAUCUUUACUUUGAUGUUAUUCCGAAAGACAAAGUAAUAGAUGUGGAAAAGAACUCCUACGAUGGUAGCAUUCCUUCUGCAGUCAUCCCUACUUCAUUCAACGAAAAACAAGAUAGCAAGCAGGAUGCAUCCCAAGCUGACAUAAGCAAUGAGAAUGAAGUUUCCGAGAACAAAAUGGAUGUCGACUCAUUUCCCACAGAUGCUUUGACUGAUGCGAACUUAUAAGUUAAAGAACCUGGAUUUGUAGUACGUGAUGGUAGUAUUCGCGGUAAAUCGCAAGAGCGAGGCCUUUGCUGAUGAAUAGUGCAGAAAAUCCUUAGCAGCAACCUCGCUCCUUUUGAAUUUUUAAAAAAGUGUAGGGAGCCACCUUAAACCAAACGAUUUGAGGCAUGCUGUUGACUGUACAUAUGUAGGUAUAUAUAAUAUGACUAUAUUGAAAUUUUUA